AUGCGUGUGAUCCGUUCCCACGCAUUAGCUGGUUCCUGCCGAGGCGGCACGCCUGGUCGCGUACUGAGGGCAUACAGCACCGACCUACAGAAGGAUUACAAGAAGAUUUUUGGCGAAGACCGGAAGCCUGCCGUGGAGACCGUUGAGGUAGAGGCCACAGAGGCCGCGCCCGAAGUGGACGUGGGGGAGAAAGCACCGUCAGUUGCGGCCAGCGCUGUGCCCACGGACCCAACCGUCGUGCGACGCUUUCCGGCCGGCAGCAAGGUUGUCAUCAAGGGCCUCACAGGCAUCAGCAAUCUUUCUGUUGCCAGCCGAUGGAUAGAUCGUACAGGCGCUGUGGAGCUGAAUGGUCAAGAAGGCCUGGAUCAUGGCCUCUUCCGCAAUUUCGCGAGCUAG